UGUCCGAUGAUCACAGCUUUAAUUGGAUACGAGCAAGAACAAAAAAAAGCAGAUGAUGGAAGUUACUUUAUUCCAAAUGAAAAAACACAAGAAGUGUUUCAUAAAAUUAUAGAAAAAUGUGAAGAACUUGAUCAAGGAAGAUUUGAACCAAAAAGACACCAUGACAUAUUGUCAGUAGUUCUUGGAAAGGAUGAUAAUUCAGGUUCUGUAAGAGCAAUUGGUACAUACUCUACCAUCCAAGAAGUGUUUGGUAGACCAGAUCGGAAACAAAGCACGUCGAGUGGGGUUUACUCAGAAGCUGUUGUCCAACAAAUGUUAGAGAAAUGUAGGCAAAAUACAAUAAUGGAGGUGGAAGCAAAUAUGAAUCCCAAGAUUGAAACAAUGGACUAGCAACUCAAGUUUUUGAUGAAGAACAUAUCGGGGACACAUCUAUUUUCAGGAGAGGUCUCGGCUGGAACUCCUCUAAGUGAUC